CCCAGCCAGGUCCCGGUCCAGUCCACUCGCGUUGUUUCUUCCACCCACCGUCACACGAGCUCGCAGCGACCGCCGGGCUACGAGGAGCUCCCACAGCGCAGGGCGCCACCACCAUGGCUGCGGAAGGCAAGGCUCCGUCGCUCGCGGAGGUAGCAAAAGACGAAUAUUCACUCCCAUCCCAGGAGGUCCAAUUGCAAAAUCCAUCUGAAGAGAAAUCUGCUGUUAGCACUGUGGCAGAAGUUGUCCCUGAGAAAAGUGUUGAAACUGCACCAGCUAAUGAGGCUACCGUUGCUGUUGAAGAAACAAGUCAAACUCCUGAGGUGAAGGAACCCUCUGAUGAGCCAGAAGCUGAGGAAAGCUCUGCUGCUGAAGAAAGCGGGGAGGCUGCUGAAGAAAGCAGUGAUGCUGCUGAGGAAGCAGCUGAUGAAAAACCAGAAAUUAAGAUUGAGACAGCUCCAGCAGAUUUUCGUUUCCCAACAACAAAUCAAACAAGACAUUGCUUCACACGCUAUAUUGAAUAUCAUAGGUGUGUAGCUGCAAAAGGGGAGGGUGCUCCUGAGUGUGAAAAGUUUGCUAAGUACUACAGAUCACUCUGCCCAAGUGAAUGGAUCGAGCGUUGGAACGAACAACGUGAAAACGGCACAUUCCCUGGACCCUUGUAAAUUGUAAUGCUGCUCAGAGAGAAAGCCAUGCUUGUUCUGGCACCCUACCUUCAUCAAUAUAUAACUGCAAGUGACUACCUUUUCUUUUGGGAGAGUUUUGGCAGAAUAAAAGUUUUGGUUUGCUGUGUAAGGAAUCGCUUCUGAAUUCCUUCCUGCUGAUGGUUCAUUGGAUUGUUCAAGGAUUCACGGUCCUUGCCCAACUUUGAUGUACCACCGAGCACGGUUACGGAUUAUCUUGUUCACACGCUGGUUGCAGAGGAACAGGGAUAAUGGAUAUGGAAUAAAUGUCAUAGAGCUAGUUCUUGCAGUGUAA